AGAAAGAAGUGGACGCGGGAAUUUGUGUUGACAACUGUUAGCUAGUUAGCUUGUCGUUCUUUACGAUUUAUUGGCUCUGUAAAAAAAAUACAUUAAUAUUUUAAAAGUCUCAUUUAUAAACAAGGAAAUGUUAACUUUGAGAAUUUUCCAAACUGAGCCAGCUUGUCAGAUAAUGCUAGCUAGCUAGCUAACAACUCUAUUGAAAUCAAUGAGUAUUCAUCGCUUGGCUAAGCUAAGCUAAGCUAAGCUCAUAAACUAGCAAAUUUGUGGAGAAAAUUCAAGAAUAAACUACAGAAUAAACCCCACCGGCGGUGACGCUUUUUUUUUAUACAAUGGACCGAAAGAUGACGAAUUUGGGAAGAGCGAAAAAGAAACUUCGUUACUUUCAGUCAGAGGAAAGCACUCCAUGUCAUCUGAAGAUUAAAGAUGUCUUCAGUAUGAAAGACCUUGAUAAUAUUUUUGACGAUUUAGAUUCUGCUCCAGGGACGCCACUGCUCUCACCGCUGCCCAAGAGCCCGGGGUUAGAAGAGCAAAAUAAAGGAAGCCAUUCGAAGCCAUUCUCACCUUUCAGAAGGGAGAGCAGUCCCCUCAAGGGCUCAGAUGAUUUGGUAGCCGAAGCUGACAUUCAGGUGGACCAUUUAAACAAUAAAGGAAGUCCACUUGAAGAAAUUGCUCCUAUUAAGACCUCCAGUCCGAUUGAGCUGUUGGCAGUCGGACAUAUUGCAGAUAAUGCAGAAAAGCCUGAAACCUCUCCACUGCUAUUUGGAAUUGAGGAUGAGGAGCCAGUUGGUUUGAGCAAACAACUAAUGAAUCAGAGAGCAGAAUCUCCAAAGGUCAUUCCAUAUAGAGACAGUGAAUCAUUGGAGUCUCCUCCAGCACAGCUAAAGUUUGGAAAGCCCACAAAACAGAACAAUCCUGUAACAAGCGCAACACCACAAAAAGCACCAGAAGCACCAGAUCAAGUUUGCAAGACCUCAGCUACGGAACCUGAGGAUGAUUCGCAAACGGAUAGACACAUAAGUUUAUCUCCCAUAGUUUUGAUUCAAAAGCAUCAGCCUGAACCUCUUCCAGAGAGGCAACCUAACAAGCAGACACAGGAAGUGGCUGUGGAAGUUGGGCUUAAACAAUCGCUGUUCCAGAAAAAGCUUCGAAAUUCAUUACAACCUAAAGCUUCAGCUUUCAGGAAACAGGAAACUGUGAAACAACCAGCUUGCGCUCUUUCACCACAAGUUCAAGACGAAGAUUUCGUGAUUCUAGAAGACGACAGUCCCAUCCGGUUCACAAUUCCCAGGAAGACUGAGAUUAAAGAAAAACCUGCACCGGAGAAUAGGCCUGUGGAGCCGCAUGCGAAAGAGAAAGCUUCUUCAAAGGAGACCAAAGAAGCUGAGAAACUUGAAGAUGGACCCAAAAAGAAAAGAAAGGCAAAGUGUGGAAGGCCUAGUGAUUUUUCCACUAAAGACCUCAUGGUUCAGUCAGAGAGGGAGGACAAUGUCCACAAUGAUGUGGGAGGUGGAGAACAGAUCUGUCUUUCUCCAGACACCAAUCAAGAUGCUGAGAUACCUGGUGCCAUACCAGUUGUAACAGGUAAAAAGUUAACAAAAGGCAAAUCAUCCAAGACUGAACAGCAAUGCAGCAAAGAUGGUAAUGAUGUUUGUGCCAAAAUUCCAGCUGAAAAGCCUAAAGCCAAAACAAAGAAAUCGGCUAAAUUAGUUGCCAAUGCUAAUUCAGAGGAAGAAGAACCUGCGUCAAGUGUGAAGACAAAACCCACCAAAAUAAAAUCUGCCGUUAAGGCAGGUGUGUACGAGUCGACAGGUUUAAUCUCUGCAAAACCUAAGAAGCCAGAUGAAAGCAAGAGCGUGAUAAAAAAUAAGAAACGGGUUAAAGGGCGGAAUCUCGUGCCCGAGGUGCAAGAUGAAACUGAAUCAACACCGGACCCUGUUGUGCAACCGGAGGUUCAGGGCAUGAGUACAGUUAAAAAAGCAAAAGAGGUUUCAUCUAAACAGGCUAUAAAGAAGCCACGAACGGUAAAGAAGACCGAGAAAACUAAAGAAAUCAAGCAGCUUGUGUCCGAGCCUGAUGUUUCAGCAGAAGCUUCAGUAAGCAGCAAGAGAAAGAGAAAACCACCUGGAGAAUGGUGGCUCACACAACAUGAGGAAAACUUCAUGCAGGAGCAGCAAGAGGCAGUUCAGUCUUCAGUUGAUGUCAAAUCCAGAUGGAAAACCCAAAAGAAACCGCUCGAGCAAGAGUUAUCUACAACCUCGCAGGAAGUCCAGAAUAAGCCUGUUGCUGUUCAAAAACUGCCCAAAAAAGUGACAAAGUCCCCGGCUGCUAAAUCUCAGUCUGUUUCUGCUGCUUCCCGGAAAAGUCCUAAAUCACCAGGUGGCAGACGGAAAGCAAAGUCAGGAGCUCAUGAAAGGCGUGAAAUGACACAAGCUCUGGCGGUUGAAGAAGAGGCAAGUGAUCAUGAGGCUUCAGGGCAGCUCAGUCCGGUGGCAUGUAGUCCACUUCCCAGACAGCGCAGUGUUACUCCAGGAGAUAAAAGGGUGUUUGAUAAGAUCUACACACGGGAAGGUCAGAGUGGAUCAGCUCAGAAAUGUUCUCAAAUGCUACCUGACGAGCUGAAAAGUGUUCCUGUAAAACGUCAGAGAAAACCACCCCAGAACUGGUGGGAAGUUCCACAGUCUCAGGAACCUGUUGAGAGCGCUCUGUCUCCACGAACAUCUAGACCAGAGUUGGGACCUCCACAGAGUGUGUUUCCUCACAUGGCCAGUUUGCAAAAGACACUGGGUCGUGGCCAGAAAAAAAACAAAAUGAACAUGAUUAACACUCCCAAGACAGUCAAGAGAUCGUUGGCCACAUUUGAUGCCAUAUAUGAUACAGGGAAUUCGGGCCCCUCUACAGAGAGAGGACGUGGAGCGAGACAGAAGGGCCGCAGGAACUUGCUACACUCUCUGGAGGAUCAGUCAGAGCAGUCCAGUGAGAACAUACACAACGACUGUCAGCAGCAGGCGAGCAGCCACGCUACCUUUGACGUGUGUGUGAGUGGUGUUGUCUCAGAGUCCAGUGCUGCUUGGAGGAAAAGUAAUCCUCAAGCAUCAAGUGGAUCUAAGAGAGCAUCUGAUUAUGACAUUGCUUUCAAAAGUGGUCCUUCGUCACUAAUUGAGCUGGAACGGUAUGAAGAGCAUGAGGAUGCUGAAUUGCCAUCAUCUAGAAUAAUUCCUCAAACGCGAUUCACACCUCGUGUUCUGUCCGAAUGUGAUCUCUGUGGCCCUCCACUGAAGCCCAUUGUUCUUGAUAACGAAGACUGGGAUAACCUCUGCGUUUGGUUCACUCACAUCUGGCCAAACACCUCAAAAGAUAGUAAAGGCAUCAGCCCAGAUGACUUCCAUUGGCACUCUCAUGCCGGACGAGCCAUGGGUCAUAUGGUCGACCUUCAAAACAACACCUUCUCAAGUGGCAAGAUUUUACUGGGCUCGUAUAUGAAGAAACCUGCUCAGAUUGAUCAUAAUGCAGUUACUGUAUUUAACGUAGCAUCAAGUUGCGUGAAGGUGGAAAUCGAUGGCGUUAAAGAGGUCCACAAUUCAGGACAAACAUUUAUGACAGCUUGUGGGCAAUCCUACAGUAUUCACAACAUGUGCCAGGAGCCUGCGGUUUUGUGGUAUCACAGGAUGUUACCAAAUGAUACAGUGAACUGACAUGGCAUGACUGCAGGAAAUCAUGUCCUUUGGUACAAGUGUUCUAUGGAUAUGAUAAGCCUAAAAUAUUGAUGUUGUAACUUGAUGUAAAUAUAUUGUUGUAUUUUUAAAGUCAUGUGGAUUUGUAAAGCGCCUAACAGGCUUAGUGUUUGCCUUUAAAGGGACAGUUUUUUAAUGUAUAUAAGACUGUAGCACCAUUACAGAUGGUAUAAGAAAUGACAGUAUGAUUCUUAUUGUUAAACUUGUUAUUUAAAGCAGUGCAUCCUGUUUUUACUAUGACAGAAAGUUUGAUGCAAUUGUCAAAUAAAUUAAUUUGUCAGCAGGGGGCAUUGUAUCAUAA